AGACCUCCAACUCCCAACCAAACCGAGAGCUCAACCAAGACAGCGAGCCAAGAUCUGCAGAGCCGCAGGCGACCUCACACCGGCGACCAUGGCCGUGGACCUCAUGGGCUGCUACACCCCGCGACGCGCCGACGACCAGCUCGCCAUCCAGGAGGCCGCCACCGCCGGCCUCCGCAGCCUGGAGCUCCUGGUCUCCUCCCUCUCCGGCGCGGCGCCGUCCAAGGCGCAGCAACACCAGCACCAGCAGCCGUUCGGCGAGAUCGCCGACCAGGCCGUCUCCAAGUUCCGCAAGGUGAUCUCCAUCCUCGACCGCACCGGCCACGCCCGCUUCCGCCGCGGCCCCGUCCAGUCACCGCCGCCGCCGCCUCCUCCAGCUCCGGUCGCUCCUCCGCCUCCCCCACCGCGCCCUCUCGCCAUCGAGCCGGCCAGGCCGGCCCCUUUGACCGUCGUGGCGCCGGUGUCGGUGGCCGCCCCGGUCCUUCAGCCGCAGAGCCUGACGCUGGACUUCACCAAGCCGAACCUGACCAUGUCGGGCGCGACGUCCGUGACGUCCACGUCCUUCUUCUCGUCGGUGACCGCCGGCGAGGGGAGCGUGUCCAAGGGCCGCAGCCUGGUGUCCGCCGGCAAGCCGCCGCUGUCCGGGCACAAGAGGAAGCCCUGCGCCGGCGCGCACUCGGAGGCCAACACCACGGGCAGCCGAUGCCACUGCUCCAAGAGAAGGAAGAACCGCGUGAAGACGACGGUGAGAGUGCCGGCGGUGAGCGCGAAGAUCGCUGACAUCCCGCCGGACGAGUACUCGUGGAGGAAGUACGGCCAGAAGCCCAUCAAGGGAUCCCCUUACCCACGGGGCUACUACAAGUGCAGCACCGUACGAGGGUGCCCGGCGAGGAAGCACGUGGAGCGCGCCCUGGACGACCCGGCGAUGCUGGUGGUGACCUACGAGGGCGAGCACCGCCACUCGCCGGGGCCGAUGCCGAUGCCGAUGCCGAUGCAGAUGGCGCCGUCGCCGAUGCCGGUGCCGAUGGGCGCUCCCGUAGCAAGCGUGUCCGCCGGCAACGGCCACGUCUGACUUAGCGAAUUUUUUUCUUUCUUUCCCCUUUUGGUGGGGGAGCUUCGUUGGUUCUCAAUCUGAUGUCCGUGUAAAGAAGAAGAAAGAUUGUAGAGAGACGGAGGGGGAAACUUAAUGCCAGAGAUUUUACUACUA